GGGCGAAAGAGUGGGGGGGAGAAAAGUUAGUGCACUGGGGUUCACUUAGGUGUUUGGCUACAGUCAUGGCCGGGAACUCAGAGAAAGUACCGAUCGCCUCGGCGGGACCAGAGGACCUUCAUAACUUCAUGCCCCCGGCAUACUCCGCCGUGGCCGUGAAGCCCGCCGCCACCGGCCGCCUAUUGAAGGCCGGGAUCGCGGUGCUCAUCGCCGGGGCUCUCCUACUGCUACUAGGGGCAGUCGGAGCUUUCUACUUCUGGAACAACAACGAAAAACACGUCUACAAUGUCCACUACAGCAUGAGCAUCAAUGGGAAAGUGGAGGAGGGCACAAUGGAGAUUGACACAGCCAACAACAUGGAGAGAUUCAGAACCGGCAGCGGGGCGGAUGAGGCUGUGGAGGUCCAUGACUUCGAGAUUGGGAUCACAGGGAUCCGCUUUUCAGGAGGAGAGAAGUGCUACAUCAAGACCCAGGUGAAGGCCCAGCUGCCUGAUGUGGAGGCUCUCAACAAGGACUCUAUGACAUUCGACCUGGAGGACGAGGUGAUGCCGGCCAAAUUUGAUGACGAUCUGAUCUUGGUGGCUGCUGGCGCUCCGAUCUCGGACUCAGCCUUCCUGAGCAGCAAGAUUAAGGACUUGUGUGGAGAGCUGCCGAUCUUCUGGCUCCGACCCACCUACUCAACCAGCGGACAGAGGAAGAGGAGGGCAGCCCCCCGCCAGCGCAGCCAGGCAGCCAUGGGGGAAGAAGAGGACAUGAAGGCAGAGUUGAACCCGGAGAACCCCUAUCAGCAAGGCCUGGAGGGCGAGCAGGGCACCAUGAACAUCGACCCGAUGCUGGACCACCAGGGAAUCUGCUGCCACGAGUGCCGCCGCAGCUACACCCACUGCCAGAGGAUCUGCGAGCCGCUGGAAGGGUACCACCCGUGGCCGUACCACUACCAAGGCUGCAGGGUGGCCUGUAGAGUCAUCAUGCCCUGCAACUGGUGGGUGGCGCGCAUUAUGGGCCUGGUGUAAGCACCCCCGCACACCUUGGGUGAUGCUACAGUCCAGGAAGGAAGAAACUAGGGUGGGAAGGGGUUCAGCAUUGCCAGAUGUACGAUAUUUAUCGCCUUUGUACGAUUUUUGCCCUCUGUACAAUGUAUAUUAAACUAUACUAUAAGUGCCAUAAUGUACAAUAUUUUGAGAGUUUUGGUUUUCAUCUAUGCUGUCCGUGUUAUGCAUCUCUUCACAGGCUUGGUGUAAGCUACGAUAUCUAAAUCGUUUUCCCUCAUUUGACGAGUUUGCGCGAGACAUGGCUACACCACAGCUACAUUAGAGUGCUUAAAAAAGACAAACAAAUAAAUGAUAUGAACACACGUUUGUGAAAUGCAAAAAGUACCCAUUAACGCCCAUUUUGUUUCGUCAUUAUCACUCAUUUACAAUCAUUUUACGCGUCUGACACGAACAUUUUCCACAUGGCAAUGCAGAUGGGGUUUUAAGGGUAGGGGAGGGAGUUGAUGGGAAAAGUUUAGGCAAGGAAAUUGGUGGUUUUUCUUCUUGUAAUGUACUGUAGUUACCUGCUGGUCUGAGCAGAACUAAGUGGUGCCCACACAUUAAAGUUGCAUGGAGCUGAAUCUAGGACAGACAUGUUCUCACAUGUAAGCGUAUGCAGUGGCUGCACGCUGCACAGCUUGUCUUAUUAAAAAAACAUACCUGCUAUGGAUUUAGAUCCCUCUCAGCUGCAGCGCAACAUGCUGUCAAGAGAACAGAGGUUAUGAUACAAAACAUCCAAUGAUUUGAUGGAGAAUGCCACCUAUUUAUCUAGAGAAAAGGGCAGGUAAGCUUGUAUUUAUAGAGCUGGUAAUGAUUUAUUUCAUUUCAUUCUUUAAUGUAAAUAAAUGUAUAGGGUGCAAAGUAUUUCAAAAGCACUCAGCUGGUUUCAAUAGCCCAUAUUGUUUGUUUCAAUUUCACUCUAGUGAGAAAUAUGUUCUUAACUUUUCUUUUUCUUUAACAUCUUCAUGAGUAGCUCAUUAAAACAAUGUACCGUACGGUCUCUCACCAACUUUCAUCUCAAUGUACUUUCAUCUGCAUUGAAAAAUCUCAAAGUGCAAUAUCGCUGAAUAAACUUUUUAUAAGGAAA